AAAAGAACACAACGAGGCAACAAGUAACCUCUGAGCACGGAGUCUGAGGCGCGCGGUGUCUAAUCCGACGUCGUUUUGGUUGUGUUCUAUGUCAGUGCUGUGCUUGCGUUUGGGACAUGGCGGAAACAACCUCUGCUUUGGUUUCUUCUCCUUCGGGUGAUUCGAAUUGGAGAGAGAACAAGUUGUGGAAAGGCACGUUUGCGGUCUCCGGAAUCAUGCUCACCCUCGUUACCUAUGGCGUAUUGCAGGAAAAGAUCAUGAGAGUCCCUUAUGGGGUGAACAAGGACUACUUCAAAUAUUCUCUUUUUCUUGUUUUCUGCAACCGAAUCACAACGUCUGCUGUUUCGGCGGGUGCUUUACUGGCAAGCAAAAAGGCAUUGGAUCCUGUAGCUCCCAUUUAUAAGUAUUGUCUUGUGUCAGUGUCAAACAUACUGACCACAAGUUGUCAGUAUGAGGCCCUCAAAUAUGUUAGUUUUCCUGUUCAGACUCUUGCAAAGUGUGCUAAAAUGAUACCAGUUAUGGUCUGGGGCACUAUCAUAAUGCAGAAGAGAUAUCGAGGACCUGACUAUUUGUUGGCCUUUGUAGUAACUCUUGGCUGCUCAGUGUUCAUCAUGUAUCCCGCAGGGACCGACAUAAGUCCAUAUGGUAGAGGAAGAGAAAAUACUGUUUGGGGCGUUUUGCUAAUGAUGGGUUAUCUUGGGUGUGACGGCUUUACAAGCACAUUCCAAGAUAAGCUGUUUAAAGGCUAUAACAUGGAGAUACAUAAUCAGAUAUUCUAUACUACUUUGUGUUCUUGUGUUCUUAGCCUGACAGGUCUUAUCAUACAAGGACAUUUAUUACCAGCAAUAGAGUUUGUUUAUAUUCACAAGGAUUGUUUCUUUGACAUUGUAUUGCUUUCUACCGUUGCAACAGCUAGUCAAUUUUUUAUUUCCUACACAAUUCGCACAUUUGGUGCUCUAACAUUUGCUACUAUAAUGACAACAAGACAGUUAGUAAGCAUUAUGCUAUCAUGUGUGUGGUUUGCCCAUCCUCUUAGCUGGGAACAGUGGAUUGGAGCUGUAAUUGUCUUUGGCGCCAUUUAUGCCAAAAGCUUCAUGAGAAAAGCACCUGAAAAGACAACCUCUUCUGUAGAACAAUCUGUACAAAAUGGAAAUUCAAAUAACUUAAAGGAGAACCCAUGAUGAUGGAGGCCAAUGCCUUUGCUGACCUGUCACGGUACAGCUUCAGUUUUGACAGAGACAACCCCUAAUUUGGCAUCCCAAUGAUAACAAUGAAGAACAUGAUAGGAGCUUAACCCCUCAUUUUUUGAUAGGGGAGAUCAAUAAUUGUGAUCAAAGCCAAAAGAAUGUUUAUAAAUUGAAACAUGUUUCAAUGUGUUUGCUCAAGCAAGGUUGUUUCUUGGUUGUGUUUUGUUAAGGACAGGACAGAAGGCUUGUGCUAAUUUCUGGGGUCGUCAUUCAGUCAGCACCAAGGGAAUUUUUGUUCUUAAGGUUUUAACCAGAGAGGAAAGAUUUCGGAAGACACAAAAAACUAAUUCGGAUAUAUUCUUAUUAUGAGCAUUAUAAUCAUAAUUGAAUUUUUAUGCAGUUGUGUUUA